AUGGCACCCCUUUUGCAGCCAGCCAUGUCGUCCGCGCUCCUGCUGGGAGCGUUCCUUCAGUGCGCCGCCACAGAUGCAGGGGGUGGACUGUCGGUCGAUCCGGAGACAAUCAUCACCAUUCCGGAAAAGGGACUGGAAGCGGACGAUCAGAAAAUUGUCUGGCUGGGGCCGUCCCAGGCACUGCGCAUCGUCGACUCCUCGAACGCAGCCAUAUUUCUACCCCAGCACUCUACUGAGAAUCCUUCGCCGACGCCUUCAUCUGAGCAAAUGAACGCCGUCGCGUAUCCGUUUGAGAACGGAGCGUGCGACUUCAAAACGGUUGUGGAGUACAAAAAGUUAUUUCCUGCGUAUGAGGAGCCGUUGUGGGUCCGCAACCCGGCUUCGGCGCAGAUGGCUGCUGGGGAAGGCUCUCCUGCGCCGGCGGCGAAUUACACGUUUACGAAUCCUCCCGCCGAUGCAUUGAACGGGGCAACGAGUUUUUGCGUGAUGUUCAAGUCGCCUGUAAAGGCGGAGACAAGCCAGCCUGGAGAAACUGGGCCGUCGGGCGAGUCAGCGCACGACAAUAGAGGGCCAGAGGCUCCCAAGAAGCAGAAUGAAGUCGAGGACGGUCUCGCCCUCGAGCAGAGCGACGGCGGAAGUCCGCAGAUUACGCCCCUGGUGGGCGCGUCUCCCAGCGGGCGUGGCGCUCCGGGUCCUCAGCCGGGGAGAAGCGGUGCGGGUGUGAACUCCGAGGACAUUUCGUCGAAUGUGACACAUCCCUCUUUUGAUCUCGAAGUAAAGGAAGAAGAAAAGGGCAAAGCGCGCAUCCUCGACACAUCGGAGCAGAGAUUACCCGUCAGGGUGCCGCUUUCACCUCAGAAUCCGCCCGUUCUCGUGACCCCGGCCGAGUCUCCUCUCAAAGGACAAGAAGAGCAAACAGACGUACAGAACCUCGACCAAAUGAUCGCUUCAGGCGCCGAACUACCCGGCUCUGCCUCCCCGAUUUUCAACAAUGCGGCCUCAGGAAGCCAGAAUAAAGAACUAACCGCCGGCGUCACAACGCAUCACGUCUCUGCCAUCGGUGCUUCCAGCGACCUUGGAGUCUCGAAGGCAGAGUCGACGAACGAGGGGACAGCGGCAAAGGCUCUCGAAACGACCCAGACGCCAAAGCCAGCCGCGCGCCUGAGUAGGCUCUCAGGUACGACUGAAGCAACAGAGAGAGUCUUGGUGCUUAUCGUGCACUCUUCUGACUGGAGCACUGCAGGCGGACUGGCAGCCCCGUCAGUGUCCUUCCUUGCUGCUGCCGCGUGGCUACUCCCGAUCCUCUACCCUGGUACUGAGGGUAGUUCCUCAAUUGCUGACUAG